AGCGAGCGACCGUGCCAGAGAGGGUUAAUAAAAGGGGAGAGCGAGCUGGCCAUGCCAAUGCUUAAUGCUUGACAACUGUAGUGAUUACGAGCGCCGUUCGCUCAUUCCACCAAAAAGCCCUCCCCCUUUCUCUUCGUGGGUUUCUAGUUCCAAGCGGUACCUUCGCACUGCGCCUGUCGAGCUGCCCAUCGUUUGUGUUUUCUGCUCUUUAUUUCUCGAGGGCGAAGUUGGAGAUUCGGGGGAGGAACCCUAACUUUUAAUUUCCAUCGGAUGCAAAUGUAGAGGUUCAUUACUGCCUGUCUGUUCAGAUAUGCCAUUUAUGUAUGAUGGUUUGAGUGAAGUACAGGUUGUUGUCUUGGGUACUCAUUUAUUAAAGAUAAGCUUUGAGAGGCCAUAUAAUGGUCGAAUCCUCAUUGGUGUUAUUCAGCAGAGAAAUUGAGAAUUUGCAUGAUGAUGGCUUUGAAGGAUCUGUGGAUGAGCAAAGAAUAUUUGGUGAGGUUUUCUUCGGAUGUGAUCAUAGCAAGCAAAAGGAAUUUAUUCUUUCUGACACUGCUAGAAUAGACAGUGAAUUUAUUAAAGAAACCAACAUGUAUCUUAGCUCAAGAAGUGGGAAAUCCUCAUUAACCAGUCAAGAUAAUUAUGAAAAAGAAGGAUUUUCAGGAAACCAUCCAUCAGAGAAUCUCCCUGUUGACUCCACAUUAUCAGUAAAAAUUGAGCAUGAGGUGAAAUUAUCUGUUGGGGAUCAGCUGGAAGCGAAACCAGUUUUGGGGGAUCAUCCCACUCCAUCUGCUCUUCCAGAAGGAAUUAUGUCAGGUAUAUCCCAAAAAAGUUCUGGCACUGUUUGCCGCUCUUUAACAUAUCAUCUAGUAGAAUCUUCUGGCGAGGGUGUUAUGUCCGGUAUUUAUGAGCUGAGGCCAUCAAUCUAUUUAGACAGACGAUGUGAAAUUAGCGGUACAGGUAGCUCUGAGAACAAUGUUUUGAGUUUAGAUAACAGUGACCAGAAAGUGACCCCAAGUAGAACUGUUACUUCGCCUGUUUCUCAGGAGAGCUGUGCAAACAAGCUGCCCGUUUCUGACGUGUUAAUCCCUGCGGAAAAUAAUUCACCAGCUCAUCGACUGACAAAACCAAAGUGGAAGGAUUCCUGUUUUGUGAAACUGGAUGAUGAAGAAUUAGCUAUGCCAAAAGAUAUAAAAAAUGAUCCUCGGCCUCUUCUCAGGUAUCAUAUAAACCGUUUGUUUAUAGCAGCGGGAUGGGUGAUUGGAAGGCGCAGAAGGAAUAGCAAAUAUAAUGGUAUAGGGGAGUAUGUUUACAAGUCACCUGAAGGAAGACCAAUUCGUGAAUUUCAUCGGGCUUGGUGUAUGUGUGGUGAGAGCUUGUCGGUGGAUGCAAUUUAUUUCUCGCAGACAAGUGAUUGCAUGCAGUGGACUGAUAUGACAGAGUUGUGGACUGAUUUGUCCUGCACAUUUAAAAAAAUUGAUGAAAACCUAGCUGUUUUAGAAACUACUAUUUCCAUGGCUCAUUUAUGGUGCCUUCUGGAUCCUUUUGCGAAUGUUGUUUUCAUUGAAAAGUCAAUUCGCUUGCUGAAAGAAGGAAAAACUGUAAAAGGCAAGAGAAGCUUACUUAUGCCAUCGGAUGCAGACUAUGCUACCACACACCAGAAGAAAAUCUCUGGAUCAGAAAAAAGCGCACUUAACUCAAUGGCCGUGCAAGGUUGGGGAUAUGAUGACACUAAUCAGGAUCUUUUUGAUGUUCCAAUCACUCCAGGAUCACCACAGUUGCAUGGAGGGCCCGAGACUAUGAUCCCGCUGCUGGGUAGUAAUACAAUUUGUCAUAUUGACCAAACAAAAAAUGAGGAGGAUGGCUACAUCAAGAAGGCUCAUAAAAAAUCAAGAAAGCUAUCUGAAAUGGGACUUAUUGGAAAUCAGGUUGAUGGAAAAGACCUUUGCGACGUAGGUGAAAUAAGCAGUGCUAGCUGGGGAUCUAAGAAAGCCAAAGCUUGUCGCCUUAAAGAUGACGAUCUCUUAGUUUCUGCCAUUAUUAAAACAAAAACCUGCAAAGGCCCUGGAAAAUGGUCCACCAGCAACUCCAAACCCUCGAAGAAACGUAAGGCUCCCAAAGGCAGCUGCAAGUUGCUUCCCAGAAGUCUUAAAAAGAAUACAAAGCAUUUAGCAGAAGAAAACUGGUACGCGAUCAGAUCAAGAACAAUACUGUCAUGGUUGCUGCAUGCUAGAGUUGUUUCUCUGAAUGAAGUAAUCCAGUACCGAAAUGUGAAAGAUGAUGCUGUAAUAAAAGAUGGAUUAGUUACCAGGGAAGGGAUCUUAUGCAAGUGCUGCAAUAUGGUGUUUUCCAUCUCAGAAUUCAAGAACCAUGCUGGCUUUAGGUUUAAUCGACCUUGCAUGAAUCUUUACAUGGAGUCUGGCAAGCCAUUUGCUUUGUGUCAGCUCGAAGCAUGGUCUUCUGAAUGCAAGGCUAGAAAAGUAAACCCUAAAAAUGAUCAAGGCGAUGAAAAUGAUCUAAAUGAUGAUAGCUGCGGUCGCUGUGGUGAUGUUGGUGAAUUGAUAUGCUGUGAUAACUGUCCAUCUGCUUUCCAUCUUGCAUGCUUAUUUGAACAGGUGCUACCAGAGGGAAACUGGUAUUGCCCGCAAUGUCGAUGCCAAAUUUGUGAGGAUGCAGUAAAGGAGAAAGAAACUUCACUUUUACCUGGAUCUCUGAAAUGCUCUCAAUGCGAGGAAAAAUAUCAUGAGAAAUGCAGACAACAGAAAGGUCUUCCUGUUGAAACAGACUUAGACACGUGGUUCUGUGGAGAUAGCUGUCGAAUGGUUUACACAAGCCUCCAAUCUCGCAUUGGAUUGAGAAAUCUUCUACCUGAUGACAUCUCCUGGACUCUUUUACGGUGCAUUUCUACCGACCAUAAUGCUAAUUCUGCAGUACACAACGUUGCUCUAAAUGCAGAAUGCAACUCAAAGUUGUCUGUUGCAAUCACGAUUAUGGAGGAAUGCUUUCUCCCUAUGGUGGAUACUAAAACAGGAGUAGAUAUGAUACCUCAAGUAAUAUAUAAUUGGGGAUCACAAUAUGCCCGUCUGAAUUACUGUGGCUUUUAUACUGUGGUUUUGGAGAAAGAUGAUGUUGUUAUUUCUGUAGCAUCCAUAAGAAUACAUGGAGUAACAGUUGCAGAGUUGCCUUUAAUUGCCACUUGCAGCAAAUAUCGUCGCCAGGGUAUGUGCCGACGCCUUAUUAACUCUAUUGAAGAGAUGUUGAAAUCAUUGAAGGUUGAAAUGCUUGUAAUAUCUGCUAUACCAACAUUGGUGCACACCUGGACGGUUGGCUUUGGGUUCCAACCCUUGCAAGAAGACGAUAGGCGUAAGCUUAGUAAAAUCAACCUGAUGGUGUUCCCCGGUUCUGUCUGGCUGAAGAAAACAUUAUUCGGGAACCAGGCAAUGGACAAAACAAGUGGACCAUGCAAUGAUGUUGCCAUCGCCAAUGUGGGGGGAACUUGUCAAGGGGAAGAAUGUUCCGAUGCAGGAAAUAAUCUGCUUUCUUACAACAACUCUUCGACUUUGGAAGAAUGCAAUGGAGACUUGAAGUGCAUAAACGACCAUGGAAACAUGAUUGAACACCGGAUGUAGGACAAUGAAACUGUAGGCUGCUAGCAAAUCGGACUAGCUUUCCUAUGAAAGAAAGCUGAUGUUGUCUGAGGAAGAGACAUGAUGUUGUAAGAGAUUGUAUCAUUUUCUCUGGGUCAGAGGUUAGUCCAAUAUCACCGAUCGACCGCACCGCCGUGCUAGUUAAAAUGUAGUUUGUUUUGUACUGGCCCGUGCAACAGACAAGCAGAGACAAAGAUGACUUAUUCUGCAAUAUGCAUGCAUGAUUGAAAAAUGAA